CACUAUCUUAUAAUAAUAUUCUUAUCACGUUGUCAUAAAAAAAUAUUAAUUCUUAGCCUUGGGCUAUAUAUAAUAACAUAAUAAGAGUUGAAAAUUUACAUAGAGAGAAGCGAUCGAUCGAGGAGGGUGUGAGGAAAAUUAAGAAAGAAUAGUUUAUAAUGGGGCAAUAUUGGAAAUGGCUAGGGUAUUAUUUGAUGAUAUGGGAGAUAGUAUUAGUAUUAGGAGUAGUUGGGUCAUCGACUCAUUUAGGUGGAUCAGGUUCGUCGUGGAAAAGGUCAUAUAAAAAGAUAGUAAAGCAGAUAAAUGGUAAAGGACCCUAUAUUGGGCUUAUCACUGUAUAUCCUCCUGAAGAAGAUGCUUUCUUCUCUACUGGCUCUUUUCAACCCGACUCCGACUACCCUUUUCUCGAUCUAUCAGGCAGGCGAUUUCGAGUGGGGAAUGUUUAUGGCAAGAGAGUCAUUUAUGUGAAAUGUGGAGUUGGACUGAUCAAUGCGGCUGCUACAACACAACAAAUGUUAGAUGUAUUUAACAUGAGGGGUAUUAUUCAUUUUGGGAUUGCUGGGAAUAUCAACGACUCCAUGUCUAUUGGCGAUGUUACCAUUCCCAAAGAGUUUGCCGACACUGGCAUUUGGGAUUGGCUGAACCCGAAUGCAACGGUGGAUAGCACUGAUAUUGCAGGAUUGGAUGUGAAGAAUUAUAAUGUACCAGAAGGAGGAGAAAAUCUAUUGGGUCAUAUUGGGUUCAACUUUGAGCAAUUCUACUCAAAUUCUGGGAAGCCAAACACUGCACAGCCCAUGGUUUGGGCUCAGGUUAAUCAGCACUGGCUUCAUGUUGCUUCCAAACUUGAGGGGAUGGAACUGAAACAGUGUGUGAAUUCAACUUUGUGUUUGGAGAAAAAGCCCAAGUUAGUUGUGGGACUUAGGGGUUCAACAUCCAAUAUUUUUGUUGACAAUGCAGCUUAUAGGGACUUCCUUUUCCAAACAUUUCAGGUUUCAUCUUCAGACAUGGAAAGUUUUGCUGUGGUUAUGACAAGCUUGUCCAAUGAAUUCCCUGUGCUUGUAAUUAGAGGGCUUUCUGAUAUAGCUGGUGGGCAAGAAGGAACAAAUACCAUUGAGCUGUUUGGUUCUCUGGCAGCUCUUAAUACAGCCAACUCUGUUAUUCGUUUCUUGAAGGAAUUAAAAGCUUUUGAUGAUUCCAAUUAUAGUUAUAUGUAGUUUUCCACGAUGAGUUACUACUAGUACUACUACAGUACUCAGAUAUGGAAUGAAAGUUCUUGUAUUGUUUAUACAUUUGCUAAUUAAAAAUUUCAUAAAUAAAACAAAAGUUGAUGCAUAUCGCCGUCUGUGGGAAUCGAACCCACGACCACGUGGUUAAAAGCCACGCGCUCUACCGGCUGAGCUAAGACGGCUUCUUGUAAUGUAAUGAAGUAUUAUAAAUUAUAAUUCUUUGCCUCCUUCCAAA